GCUGUUGGUGCCCUUAACCUUGUGAGGUUUGCGGCGCGGCGCAAAGAGCGAGCGCCGGUGUGCGCGCAAGGAGGGAAAAGGCCGCCUGAGAGGAACUGAACCCGCGUGGAAACAUGUCGCUGGUGGCCGAAGCCUUUGUGACUCAAGUAGCGGCUGCAGAACCUUGGCCUCAAAACGCUGCAUUGUAUCAGCCAUUGAAAGAGGAACAAAUUUUGCUUUCCGAUAAUGCCGCCUGUCUUGCUGUUCAGGCCUUUUUGCAAAUGUGCAAUCUGCCAGUCCAGGUGGUUUGUAGGGCAAAUGCAGAAUAUAUGUCCCCAUCUGGAAAAGUGCCAUUUAUUCAUGUAGGAAAUCAAGUAGUUUCUGAACUUGGCCCCAUUGUCCAGUUUGUAAAAGCCAAGGGCCAUUCACUUAGUGAUGGGUUGGAUGAAGUCCAAAAAGCUGAGAUGAAAGCCUACAUGGAAUUAGUCAAUAAUAUGCUUUUGACAGCAGAGCUGUAUCUUCAGUGGUGUGAUGAUGCUACAGUCCAGGAGAUUACUCACCCAAGAUAUGGAUCUCCUUAUCCUUGGCCUCUCAGUCGUAUUUUGGCCUAUCAGAAGCAAUGGGAGGUCCAACGUAAAAUGAAAGCUAUUGGCUGGGGCAGCAAGUCGUUUGACCAGGUACUAGAAGAUGUAGAUCAAUGUUGUCAAGCCCUUUCACAAAGGCUUGGAACGCAACUCUAUUUCUUCAAUAAAAAGCCAACUGAACUGGAUGCUUUAGUAUUUGGACAUCUGUUCACGAUCCUUACUACCCAGCUGAUCAGUGACGAACUCUCCGAGAAAGUGAAAGGCUAUAGUAACCUCAUUUCAUUUUGCAGAAGAAUUGAGCAGCACUACUUCGAGGGCCAUGAUAAAGACAGCCCGGGAAGUGUUCCAUCCACAGCAUUAAGGCGAAUGUUGAUGAGCUGAAUGUUUUGGGGUGAUAGAAACUACGAAACGGAUCCUUUUGAUGUUUCUGUUGUUUAAAAGAUAUUAACAGCGGCUUUGAAAAUUGGGCUCAAUGCAUGCACGCGUUAUGUUUGAGACUGCUACACCGUUGUAGCCCAAGAGAAUAUGCUUGUGACAAAUUCUGCGUGUGACAAAGUCAUCAGAGAUACUGUAUUUAAGAUGAAAUGUUUGGAGUUUUCAUUGUAACAGCCCACAUGCCAUGUAAAUAUCACUCUAAAGUGUCCUUGAAAAGAACAGUGUCAAGAUUUAAGAAAAAUACAAUUUAUGAUGAUAACUUUACAAA